GGUAACUGCGUGCUCAUCAUGGAGCUGUCUUAUGCGCGGCGAUGCCGCAGGCGAGUGGCCCGUUGGAUCCCGGUGGUCUUUAUCACAAUGGGAGCGUGCUGGGGCUACUACGCCUAUGUGUUUGGGCUGUGUAUAGCCACAGUCACAUCACACACUGAAAGAGUCAUCUACUUGGUGUUCUUUCACCCGCUCUUUGUAAUGUCUCUGGUCUCCUAUUGGACAACGUUAUGUGCAAGACCAGUAAAACCACCCAAAGAGUUUUGUUUAUCGGAGGCUGACAAAGAGCUGUACAAGGAGCAGGAGACGCAGGAAGACAAGCAGCGUGUUCUCAGGGAAGCUGCUAGACACUUGCCCAUCAGCACCAUCCCAGAGAUCAGAUACUGUGAGAGAUGUCAGCUGCUGAAGCCGGAUCGGUGCCACCACUGUUCUACCUGUGAUGUGUGUGUGCUGAAGCAGGAUCAUCACUGCCUGGCGCUGAAUAACUGCGUAGGAUAUUCCAAUUACAAGUCCUUCCUGCUGCUGAUCAUGUACUCCUUGCUGUCCUGCCUUUUCGUUUCUGGGACGACUCUCCGCUUCUUCAUUCUAACAUGGACGGAUGAGCCCCAGGUCACUGAAAGAACUAGUGACAUCCGCGUCCUGUUCUGUCUAUCUACAGCGUUUUCCAUCUUAUUGCUGAUGUUGUUCAUCUGUCACUGCUGUCUCUUAGUGAGGAACAGGACGACGAUAGAAUUCCGCUAUGGAGAUGCCUCUUCUGGAGGAGAUGGCCGUCCUCUUGGAUUCAAGAACUUCCAAGACGUAUUUGGGCAAGAAAAGAGGUAUUGGUUACUACCUGUAGACACAAGCCAGGGAGAUGGAUAUACUCGGCCAUCUCUCCAUGAUGAUCCAGAGAAAUAUGCAGAGUAGAGCUGGCCUCACCUCUCUGGAGCUGCUGCACCUGGUCUCUCCCUACAUAGAGAAGGAUGACACCUACCUACAGAGAUCUACACCUAAAGAACAACGCCUGGGGGUUACCCUGCCCUUCCUGGCUACUGGACGGUCCCUGGCAGACCUCGAGUUCAGCACCCUCAUCUCACCGCAGGUCUAUCAGAGACACCAGUACAGAUCUGAGACACAUCAGAGGUGGGGGUUACACUGCUGACUUUCCAUUUGGUGAUUGGACCUGGUAUAAGGUACGGAGGUGCAGUAGAAAUAAAUAUCAUGAGAAAGAGAUACGUUUUUUGUCUGUGUGUACAGGUUGAGUAUCCCUUAUCCAAAAUGCUUGGGACCAGAGGUAUUUUGGAUAUCGGAUUUUUCUGUAUUUUGGAAUAAUUGCAUCCCAUAAUGAGAUAUCAUGGUGAUGGGACCUAAAUCUAAGCACAGAAUGCAUUUAUGUUUCAUAUACACCUUAUACACACAGACUGAAGGUAAUUUUAGCCAAUAUUUUUUAUAACUUUGUGCAUUAAACAAAGUGUGUCUACAUUCACACAAUACAUUUAUGUUUCAUAUACACCUUAUACACACAGCCUGAA